AAUGGAACAUUCCUUUAUUUAAACAAAACAUCAUUAGUCCACUAAAGUAUCUUCCAAACUCAUUGGAGAAUAAAACCACUUUCUUUCCCCAUUAUUUCAGUUGCCUUUUUUUUCUUUUUCUUUAUUCAGAGAGAUAGAGAAGAGUAGCAGUUGAAGUAAAAGAAAGAAGAGAGAGAAAAAUGACAAAAAAAGCUUUCUAUCAAUCAAUUAUACACAAAGCUGCAGAAAUCAUGUUACCUUCCCUUUGAGUUAAAAUUCUUGGUUUGCUUUCUGAGGCUGUUCUCAGAAUACCCCUCUAUUUUUAUACAUAUAACCAGAAUAAUAUAAUACUACUAAUGAUAAUGGGAAAUGUGAGUGGGAAAAAAGAAGAAGGUGAGACCUCUGGAUUAAUCAAGAAUCAAGAAGAUGAAGAGGAGGAAUAUAUGGAGUAUGCUCAUGGUCAUGGUCAGUUUCCAGAUUCUAUGGUUCAGUCUCCUCCUCAUAGCCCUAAAGCUUAUCAGUCUCCUUUGAUUUUCACUCCACAGGUUCCAAUUUUCCCUUUACAAAGGCCUGAUGAAAUAUCAAUGCAAAAUCAAAGUGGAAACAUAGUGCAAAAGACAAUGGAAUAUGGAGAAAUGCCUUGUGAAAAUGGGAUACCAACAAUGAUCACAUGGAGUUAUGGGGGAAAUGAAGUUGCUAUUGAGGGAUCAUGGGAUGGUUGGAAGACAAGAGAUUUCCUACAAAGAACAGACAAGGACUUCAGUGUUAUGAAGGUGUUGCCGUCAGGCGUGUAUCAUUACCGGUUUGUUGUUGAUGGACAAUGGAGAUAUGCUCCUGAUUUGCCAUUUGAACGCGACGAUAUGGGAAAUGUGUUCAAUGUCUUGGACUUGCAGGAUAGUGUUCCAGAGGUCCUAAAUAACACGAGUUGUUCAGAAGCACCUCUUUCCCCUGCAUCAAGCUACAACAGUAUCCCUUUCAGUUCAGAAGAUUUUAACGAAAAACUACCCAAUUUGCCUCCUCUGCUACAACAGACACCUCUCGACCUACCAUCUUCGUCUCGGAGUAGUAUGGAGACAAUGCAGAAGCCAUUACCAGCAGUUUUGAACCAUCUUUACAUACAGAAAACGCGCAGCAGUCAAUCAAUGGUAGUACUAAGUUCAACACACAGAUUUCGCACCAAAUAUGUGACAGCAGUACUUUAUAAGUCCUUGAAAAACUUUAAAAAGUGAAAUGCUUUCAAAAAGAAGGAAUCUACCAAUUGGUUUAUAUCGAAUAGGAAAAAGUGUCUAUGUAAGGAAAAGUAGCAAAGGUCUACUACAUUUUGGAAGUGCUAUCUUUUUUCCUUUUGACACUCAUUUUCAGAAGCAAGCUUCUGAAUCUUACCAAAGUUUUAGAUGAAAACUUUAGGCUAUGCAGAUUUUUUUACUGCAAAUUGUAUCUUCAUGUGAUAUUUACCAAUAUGUUGCUUUUGCGUAUCUGUAUGACCACUAUGCCCGCGCUAGAUUUAUGAAAAAGUUUGCAUCUUUACCAAA